AUGGAGGAACAGAAAUCUCAGAUCAAUGAGGUGAAAAAGAUUAUAGGUGGUAUUGCUGAUAAGCUACCAGAGUUUUGUUCUGACGAAUCCAUAUCAAGAUACCUAAGAGCAAGAAAUUGGAAUACAAAAAAGGCAGCCAAAAUGUUGAAAGAAACUUUGAAGUGGAGGUUGCAAUCCAAACCAGAGAAAAUUACAUGGGAAGAUGUUGUUGAUGAAGCUGAGACAGGAAAAGUUUACCGUGCCAAUUUCUGUGACAAGAAUGGGAGGAUUGUGCUUAUCAUGAGACCAGGUCUCCAGGGUACUCAAAGUAAAAGCUCAUCAUCAUGCGGAGGGCAUAUAAAGUACUUGGUAUACUGCAUGGAAAAUGCAACAAUGAACGUGAAGACAGAUGAGGAGCAAAUGGUGUGGCUGAUUGAUUUUCAAGGUUGGAAAAUGGGUUGCAUUUCUGUCAAGCAGACUAGGGAAGCUGCUCAUCUCUUGCAACACCAUUACCCGGAGAGACUUGGACUUGCUAUCUUCUAUAACCCUCCUAAAAUCUUUGAAUCCUUUUGGACGAUGGUGAAACCAUUUUUGGAACAAAAGACGUAUAGAAAGGUGAAGUUUGUUCAUUCUGAUAAUCCUCAUAGUCAAAUAUUGAUGCAAGAAUUGUUCGACAUGGAUAAGUUAGAAUCUGCGUUUGGUGGUAAAAAUACAAAUGGAUUUAAUUGUGUGGCCUACAGUCAAAUGAUGAGAGAAGACGACGAAAAGAAGCUUCAUUUUCUCAACAGUAACACAAGUUUUAGUUCGUCGCCUCUAACUAUUAAAUCACUCCAAUCUAAUUUAUCAGAUCAAUAUGAUUCUGAGGACUCUGAUGAAUCUCAUAGUUCAUCGUCAUCUUCAGGUGAUGAAUUAGAUGUUUGCGCUACCUUGGCAAGUGUUGAUGGCAAAGCUCCAACAAUGUUUGUCAAUUGA